CCAUUAAAGUAUCGUAAACGGUCACGAGGACCUGCUCCUAACAAUUGCGAUUGUUGUGGCGUUCGUGAUACGCCUGAAUGGCGUCGAGGUCCAAACGGAGCACGGACGUUGUGUAAUGCAUGUGGAUUAUACUUCUCAAAAUUUCUUCGA